UGUUUCAGUUUCUAUUCUUCACAUUCCCUCUUUCUAUAAUCUCUGAAAUUCACCAUGAUGACCCGUUUCAAAUUCAUUCAUUAAUUCUUGAAGAGACGCGUUCUGUAACAAAAGAUUAUGCGAAUGGGUAAAAAAGUUAAGAUCGACGCUUGAGUUCUCCGACAGUGCCGUUUGGGUCGAAUAGCGAUGAUUGUUUUGGUGUUUCUUCAAAAACGAUCUCGCAACGGAGAACUGAAUCGGUUUUCUAAGGUAUUCAUUUAUAAAUUAUUCCGCAAUUUUUGCAUUCUUUAUUAUCCAACAACCUUAUGCAAUUUUCGUAUUCUUCAAAACCCUAAUUGAUAUUUGUUUGUUAUGGCAUCACUCAAAUUCUUAAUGUAAAUUGCCCUAAAAUUAAUAUUACGUACCUUUUAUUCAUAAUAAUGUAAAAUGUUGCCUUAAACGUAAAAUGUAUGUUAAUUCAUUCUAGACUAUAAAUUGUCGCUCAUAAAUAGCAUAAAAUUUUCAAACUAUUGGAUGCCUAAAUGACCCAAACGGAUAUUACUUGUGGUAUUGAUGCCGAGAUGACCAUACCGAUGCCUCAAAUUUACUUCCAAUAUCGAGCUUUGUAUUUGCUGAUUUGCGGUGAACCUAAUCCAAGGGAAGUCACACUUGCAGUGUCGUUGGUCAUAAACUAUUUGUGGGUACUAAUGGGUUGACCAUACUGAUGUCUUGAAUUUACUUGUGAUAUUGAUGUCUCGUUGACCCUAUUGAUGCCACGAAUUUACUUGCGAUAUUGAUGGUUCGAUGAUCCUACUGGUGCCUUGAGCUUACUUUUAAUUUUGAUGCCUCAUUGACCCUAAUGAUGCCUUCAAUUUACUUGCUAUGUUUUUGCUUCGAUGACCCUAAUGAUGCCUUGAAUUUACUUGCUAUAUUGUUGCCUCAAUGACCCUAAUGAUGCCUUGAAUUUACUUGCUAUGUUGUUGCUUCGAUGACCCUGAUGUUGGCUUGAAUUUACUUGCUAUGUUGUUGCUUCGAUGACCCUAAUGAUGCCUUGAAUUUACUUGCUAUAUUGUUGCCUCAAUGACCCUAAUGAUGCCUUGAAUUUACUUGCUAUUUUGUUGCUUCGAUGACCCUGAUGUUGCCUUGAAUUUACUUGCUAUGUUGUUGCUUCGAUUACCAUAAUGAUGCCUUGAAUUUACUUGUGAUGUUGAUUCCUGGAUGACCCUAAAACUUAGUUCCACACUCUAUUAGAAUGCUAAAAUGUGUGGAUUUUAGCUCAAAAGGGUUGAUCUUUCCAUGAGCAUGUACAGCUCUGGUCUCGCAUCUUUUCUGGACGAUGUCACUGAAAGCUAAGUCUUAAGGUAAAACAUGAAAAUGUUAUGAAGCUAUAUAGUUACAUGCUCUUCAUCUUUGGUGGUUGUGGACAAUCUGCUGAUCUUAACAAUGAUCUUUACAUAAUACAUACUGAAUACAGGUAAUUUUCUCUCAUCAUACCGCAAUAAUGCUCAUUAAUAUUUAAAUGAGACCUCAUGCAGGUGACAUAUAGUAGGAUAGAUUGACCAGGAUUUCCUAUUCUUUUGAUUAUUUUUGCAAACUAGUUAAAACUAGUCAUACUGCCUGAUUUGCCUGAUAGUAAAUGGUCUGGCGAUGAGUAUUACCUUGUUAGGUGCUGAGUUGAAGAUAUACAGUCACCUAAAAUUACAGAAUAUCAUCCUUUCUGAUAAAGAUACAACGCUAUGUGAUAUGGACAUCUUUAAUGGACAUCUGGUUGUUUUCCUCGAUAAGAAAGGAGCUGGCAGAUUUGGUAGAAGGGAAAAAUAGUGCCACAGCAGCAGCACAAUUACAACUUACUAAUGAGAUACAAAAAUUGAAGCUGGAAUUGGAGCAAGAACGAGAUAAAAAUAGUGCCACGAGGAACAGAAAUUGGAUAAGUCUUUCCAAGAGGAGCUUAAAUUAUUAAAAUUGGAAAGAGACAAAGUAAGUUCCACAUAAGCAAAUUUGAUGUUCAAGGCUCCAAAUCUUUAUUUUAUUAAUAGAUAAUAGAUGUACUUUGAAAUGAAUGUCAUGUUUCACUGUGCUCUGUAGUCUAGGAUGUCAAUUUGUUUUUUGUAUUUUGGUAUUUACUAAAUUUAUGGCUGUCUUAUUUCCACCAUGUUGUAUAUAGCAUUACAAAAUUUUAUAAAGCAAACAAUCAAAACAAUAUAUUUUCAGGAAGUUGUUUGGUGUAUAGGAAUAUAUGUAAAUAACAUUUGAUGGACAUGAUAAUGAGAUUUAGUAUCAAAUUAUUAAUAGAUGAGUUAAAAGCAUAACCACUGAUCCCUAAAAGGAAAAUUGCCUUGUCUUUCAAUCUAGUGAAGGUAAGACUGCCCUGGUAUCAUGAAUUGAGAUAGCAAUCCAAAUUGAGAUCUCCUAUUUAUCUCUGUUUGUGAAUGAAAUAUCACAAAUUGAUAUUAAAUUAAGAGAAAAGCAUGAAAGAAAAUCCAAUAUAGUUUUGCAAAACAAGAAAUUUGGGAAGUACAAGAAAUUUGGGAAUGUAUAUAUUUGGGAAGAACUGAAGAAUAUAUUUGCAUGGAUUCAUGAGAAUGAUAGGAAUCAAAAUUACAAGAGAACACAAUGAUAUUCCAAUGCUUCAAAAUCUCCAAAUCACUAUUUCUAUGUAUAUUAUAUGAGGUGGCUUUUUGUAUGAGUAUAUGUGUAUGCGUGCACGUGUGUGUAAAUGCAAAGUAGUAACUUGACCAUUUUCUGGGUUGUUACUUGUUAAUAACUUUAAUUGCAUCGUUGAGGAAUAACGAUUCUGGUUUUGUUGUAUUGAUUUGUAACAUAAUGAGCUGUGUUAUAGUUUUUGGCUAUCAGACCCCUAUAUUUUUUACUGUUUGAAGACCUACAAAUGAGGUGAGGCAAUUGCAUAAUGAAGUGAAAGAAAAAGUAUCAGAGAUAAAACAUCUGCAAUUGGAGUUGACUAAACAGGAAGGUGAAAAAGGUAAUGUCAUGGAUAGCUCCAAAAGACUAAUCGAUAUUUUAGAGACGGAAAACACCACUCUUAAGAUAGAAAAAAGUGAGCUUGAGGCUACACUCAAAGCAAGUAAGGUUUCCUUCACUGGUAAAAAGUCACCUGAUGCUUCUCAAGUCCAGAAUAGGGAUUCGAGCAGUGUCAGUGAUUUGUCAGAUCCUUCCAAAAGUUUCCCCGGAAAAGAAGACAUGGAAAUAUCCUUACAGAAGAUGAGUGAUGAUUUGAAGAAAACACAGCAGGAGAAGGACAAAGCAGUACAAGAAUUGACCCGCCUUAAACAACAUUUGUUAGGGAAGGAAAAUGAAGAAUCCGAAAAAAUGGACGAGGAUACCAAAAUCAUUGAAGAACUAUGGGAUAGUAAUAAUUACUUAAAGGCUCAAAUAUCACAUCUCGAGAGAACUUUGAAGCAAGCUACUUCAGAUCAGGAGAAAUUGAAGAUGGUAAACAACGGUGAAAUUCUGAAGUCCAGAGAAGUCAUUGAUGACUUGAACAAAAAGCUUACAAACUGUAUAAGCACAAUAGAUGCGAAAAAUAUUGAACUAAUAAAUUUGCAGACAGCUCUUGGACAAUAUUAUGCUGAAAUCGAAGCUAAGGAACAUGUAGAAGGAGAGUUGGCUCGUGCAAGGGAAAAAACAGCUAGUCUUUCUCAACUGUUGAAAGAUGCAGAUUGCAGAGCAGAUAUAUUGAGGGGUGAAAAAGAAGAAAUUUUAGCCAAGCUUUCUCAAUCUGAGAAGGUACAAUCAGAAUGGAGAAGUAGAGUAAGCAAGCUUGAGGAAGAAAAUGCCAAAUUGAGACGAGCUCUUGUUCACAAUAAGAUUCGACAGAACCAGUUUGUUUGAGACUCGUCAGAAGUUCACAUGGGCUUUGAAGCAUGGAAGGCUGGAACCGUUUUAAUAAGGCUUCGUUAAAUUCACGCCAAGUUGGGUUUGGCGAACAAAAUUCCCACCAUUGAUCCCAAGUGAGGCCCUUGCCUUCCAUUGCCACCGUGGCUGGUUGCGGUUUUUCUUCGUCCAUUACCCCUUUUAAAUCGAAAUAAUCCAACCAAAUGCAUCAUUGCCGUCGAAAAUUGGAAUCGACAGUUUUCGCCAACUUUCUUCCGGUGUCCUCUGUUCGGCGCGACAUCCAGUGCUGGAUUCGGCCUGAGAAUGUGGCCGGUGCGCAAGUGAAAGACCGCGAACGGUUUCCUGCAACUCCUGGAUGUGUCGCUGGGCUUCAAUCUUUUCUGUUUCUAAUUGAUGACACAUUUCCUGAACUUCAUCACGUGUUUUCAUCAUGCGUAAUCCUGGUAUGCUCUUUCCAGAAAUUCCAAACGUGCCUCCAUUUGUUGUCUUGUCGUGUUUGUACCAUAAACAGGAUCCUAUGGUGCUACUGAUACCAACUUGUGAGCUUAAUCAAUUUGUUUAGAAUACAUUUAUAGUUGAUGACCAAAUCUUAACAUUAUCAAGGUUUACAAACCCUCUUAAAAUUUGAAAAAGGGGUGUUAUUUAUGAAAGCUUUUUGUUCAGUCAAGCCGAGAUGGUUAAUUGCCGCCUCGAUGAUCCUUAAGACCAAUUUUUGUUUAUUAUGUGAAUUUUGAUGUGGUAUCUAUGAUUCAUUAAUGACCAUGGAACUAAAUGCUAUUGCAGUAUGAAUUCUUUCUUCAUAAUGCAAAUGCAAAUUGGGAUGCAUGGUUGGUUAAAUGCAACAUCAGUGACCCUCAAACCCAAUUGUUAUUAGCUAUAUAAAUUCUGAAAUGGCCAGUUUUGACACCA